CUUAUCUGUUUCUGUAAUGGCUGACUAUUUUGCGUGGUGGAAUUUGUGAUUUGUUUAAUUGCAUUUUGUUGUUGUUUUUCAUUACAAUCCGUACUGAAUUCGCAUAAAAUGAAGUCUAAAAAGCGACACCAGUCAUCAUCAGAAGAAUCGGAGGAAUCUGAAGCUAGUGUGGAAUCAAAGAGUUCGUCGGAGAGCGACAGUGAAGAAUCCUCGGCGUCAGAACACCGGCACAAGAAAAAAAGAAAACGUGCUGACUCCUCAGAUUCAGAGAGCGAUUCCGACGACCAGAGGCGUUCAAAGAAACGGAAACAUAAGAAAAAGAAGAAGAAACAUGGCAAAAAGAAAAGGCGUUCAGAGUCUCCCGAGGAAAGUCAUUCUGUAGAGGAAGUUUCUUCCGUCAGCGAAGGUGAAAUCUCUCCGAAAAAAAAGAGAAAACACAAGCACAAGCACAAACAUUCUAAAAGAGCGCGCAGCUCCUCUGCUAGUGUAAUAAUUGAAGAAGAGGAGCCAACGGAACGGCGUCUGCAUAGCGUCGUUAAGGAGCGCCGUGAAUCGUCCGAAGAACGCGGGCAGCCUCGAACUUACUACCCGCGAGACUAUCAUCAGUCAACAGCGGAAAGUGUUGAGAGGGAUCGGGAAGUGCAGCGGUUUUAUCGGGGCUCCAGCAAAGAGCGCAGAUACCAGGAGCACUACCGCUAUACCCAUGAACGCAAUGACAGAUUCCAAUAUGACAAAUAUAAAUAUAGUGAGAAAUAUGACCAGACUCAUUCCAAUGUGGAGGAUUACAGUCAAAGGCAGAGACAUUAUGAUGAAUAUAAAAGGAACCAAAGGUAUGAAGAACGUCGGUCACCUGUAGAAGAAUACCAGAAACGUCCCAGAGAUGAUAAUUACCAUUCCAGGGAGGACCCUAGAGGGUUCAACCGUUACAACCAACAUGAGGACAGAAGGCCGAAGCGACCCGACUACGACAAUGGCAGGGAUUACAGGGAAAGGAGACCGCCUCCCGAAGAACGCUACCGCGAGAGGGAAUAUCCGGACAAGAGGGAAAGGUUCAGGGAAGAAGGAUAUGUCUCUGAAAGGCCCCGCGACGGACGCCGCGAGCGCCCCUUCCGGCCGGAGCCGAAGCCCUACCCUCCUCACCACAGGGAGCAGUCUCGAUCCCGAAGCCCGGAGGCGCGCUACAAGAGCCAGGAGCGGCGCCGGCCCGACGAGCGCGCCAAGUCCGGCCUCCGCGACGACCGCCCCGAGCGACCCGCCGACUCCAAACCUCCCAGGGAUAGAAAGUCCAGAUUCACAAACGUCGACGAGAAAGAUUACACGUGGGGCAAAGCCGAAGCGGGCAAGGAGGCGGCCGCGCCCGGCGACAAGGAGAAGCCCAACUUCGGGCUGUCGGGCAAGCUCACGGCCGACGCCAACACCGUCAACGGCGUCGUCAUCAAGUACGCCGAGCCCGAUGACGCCAAGCAGCCCAAGCGGCGGUGGAGAUUCUACCCCUUCAAGGGCGACAAGGCUCUUCCGAUCCUGUACAUCCACCGGCAGUCGUGCUUCCUGAUCGGGCGCGACAAGAAGGUGGUGGACAUCGCGCUGGAGCACCCGUCCAUCAGCAAGCAGCACGCCGUGCUGCAGUACCGCUGCACGCCCUUCACGCGGCCCGACGGCACGCAGGGUCGCCGUGUGAGGCCCUACGUCAUAGACUUGGACUCGGCAAACGGCACAUUCGUGAACAACAAGAAGGUGGAGGCGCGGCGCUACGUGGAGCUGCUGGAGCGCGACGUGGUCAAGUUCGGGUUCUCGGCGCGCGAGUACGUGCUGCUGCACGAGAACAGCAAGGACGACGCGCAGGACGACGACAACCAGGAGCCCGCCGCCGCCGUCACCACCACCGACCAGAUCAAGCGCGAGAAGCGCGUCAAGCAGGAGGUGGUCGAGGACGGCGAGUAGGUGAGACAAGCUAGGUUACAUGGAAAGCAUUCCAUGUAAUUGUCUACCGUUUGUCCCGUAAAGUCAGCCAAUAAAGUGGUUUAUCACUUUUCGACUAUUAAUCAGAAGAUGAAAAGUGGUGAACCACUUUCUUGGCUGACUGUACAAACGCGAAUUUUCAGAAGAUUUGCAGGUAUAAGAGUUUCCUUUUCUAUGACAAAUGGUCAAAAAUAUGCACAGAAAAACAAUCGCCUGCUUAAAACGCCGAAAAAAAAAGGUCGCAACACAGGAAAUAAAAUGCGUUUGUACGGGACAGCCCGUGGAAUGCUCCAUAAAUUAAGUUAUAAGCCCUUUCCACGAUGGAUAGAGCUAGACAGAUAGCUACCAAGCACGAUAAUACAUAUACAGAUGUAGUGCAUAAUUGUUCUCCAUCGUAUUUUUCAUGCUACUUCAGUCAAUGUCAAUACUUUUUGUACCGAGACUGACUGAAAUAGCAAGACACGUUCGUACGUUUCCGUGAAAAUACAAUAGAAAAUAAUUAUGUCUCACAUCUGUAACGUGGUAUAAGAGUUUUUCUAAUAAACUGCUACUAUACGUCUGGCAGACGGGACAGAAUAACAACAAAGAAUUGUUAAUACACCUAUUUGCAUAAUGUAUGUUACUGCCUCUACCGACAUAAACACACACACACAGUAUACACACAGACAGUAUGACAUAAAGUACGAUUUGACGAGUAAAGAUGUGAAUUGAACGAGAAUCUUGAACCCCAAGCUCUGAUACAAAUCACCACUUCCGUUUCCUGAAUCUAGUUAGAUUAUUGUAAUGUUCAUGUGUCAUUGAAGUGUUUCAUUCACCAAAAUGUUUACGAUUAGUGUCAAAUAGUUUUACUACACCGUUUCUCACCUAUAUGCAUUGUUCCUUGUAAUUAUAAAUUUAUUGUUUUUUUAUUUUCCAAUCGUGCUUUCUAUACUAGGUUGAAGUGGCAUAAAAUACUGAUUUUUAGAAGAAAAUACAAGUUGCCUUUGGUUAGGGUUUCACAUCUUACAACUUUCGUGUUUCGAGUUUAGUGUCUAUAGCCGGGUCCACACGGAGCGAGCAUACGCGCGAGGCAAUUUCCGCUCGCACAAUACCCUUAAAUUAAUUGUAUUUGAAAGACCUAUUUCUCUGUAAGAAACACUAACUAUACAAUAUGUUGCAAUAUAAGAAUAUGAAGGGAUUACACUAUACAUACUAUGCUAGUAUACUUCAUGCCCAGAGAUUAUAGGUUGCAACUGUUUUUUUUAAGGUGUUCAUAUGGUACAUAGAUAAUAUUAUUAAACUUGAUUGCAAUUGGAAUAUUAUUUAUCAGGUCAGAAGCUGUUGAAAUACUUUAAAAUGUACAAGGGAGCAUACAUAAAUAUAACUAAAUCAAUUUUAUUGAAUUAUUUAUUUACAUUAAAACAAUGUAUGCGUUUUGUUACUUUAUUUCUCACGGAAUAUUUUUCUCUUAACUAAAAAUUUCUGAUUUUAUAUAAUGUUGAAUUAACACUAAAAUCCGUGAUAAAUAAUGUUCCACUCUGUCACGUGUCUAUAGAUUUACCGGAUAAUGAUCGAGUUUUCCAUAACGUUUUUGUAGUUUGUAUUGGUAAUUUCUCAGAUUUUAUGGAAGGCUCGGCAGUCCAGUCCUAUAGCACCGUUAGUUAGAUUUAAAAAAUCAUAGGCUGUGCUGAAACAGUACGCCGCUCCUAUAUGAUUAUUAUUGGUCGAGGAGCCUGUGACAUUUAAAUUAGUUCCAUUAUAUUGUUAUUUACCUACUGGUAAUCGCUGAACAUAUUUAUAUGUAUAACUACUAUACCGUGGCCAACUUUAGGCUCUAUUGUCGUUAUAUUUAUCGUAAUCAAUAUUAUAAGAAAAUUCUAAAUAAAAUAAACGUCUAGACGAA